CCGAGCCGAGGAGACCCGGAGCCCCCCGCCGCCGAGCCCCCCGCCGCCGAGCCCCCCACCCGGAGCGCGCGGCCGCCAUGGCGCGCGGAGGAGCCCCGCAGGACCGCUACCACCUGGUCGGGAUCAGCUUCUUCAUCCUGGGGCUGGGCACCCUGCUCCCCUGGAACUUCUUCAUCACCGCCAUCCCGUACUUCCAGCAGCGCCUGGCAGAGGUCAACCACACAGCCGGGAACCUGAGCACCAACAACACAACCACCACGGACCCCUACAACUUCAACAACUGGCUGACGCUGCUGUCCCAGCUGCCUCUCCUGCUCUUCACCCUCCUCAACUCCUUCCUGUAUCAGUGCAUCCCCGAGUCUGUGCGCAUCCUGGGCAGUCUGCUGGCCAUCUUCCUCCUCUUCGCCCUGACAGCAGCACUGGUCAAGGUGGACAUGAGCCCCGGGCCCUUCUUUUCCAUCACUAUGGCCUCCGUCUGGUUCAUCAACUCCUUCAGUGCAGUGCUACAAGGCAGCCUCUUCGGGCAGCUGGGCACCAUGCCGUCCACCUACAGCACCCUGUUCCUCAGCGGCCAAGGCCUGGCUGGGAUCUUCGCCGCCCUCACCAUGGUCAUGUCCAUGGCUAGUGGCGUGGAUGCCCAGACUUCUGCCCUGGGCUACUUCGUAACACCCUGUGUGGGCAUCCUUGUGUCCAUCAUUUGCUACCUGAGUCUGCCCCACCUGGAGUUUGCCCGCUACUACCUGGCUAAGAAGCCAUCACAGACCCCUGUUCAGGAGUUAGAAACCAAAGCUGAGCUCCUCCAGGCUGAUGAGAAGAAUGGCAUCCCCAGCAGCCCCCAGAAGCCAGCCCUGGCUCUGGAUCUUGACCCUGAGCGGGAACCAGAGCCAGAAUCAGAUGAGCCGCAGAAGCCAGAGAAGCCUUCCGUGUUCGUCGUUCUCCGGAAGAUCUGGCUGGUGGCGCUGUGCCUCGCGCUGGUCUUCACCGUCACCCUGUCUGUCUUCCCAGCCAUCACGGCCAUGGUCACCAGCACCACCGGCCCUGGGAAGUGGAGCGAGUUCUUCACCCCCAUCUGCUGCUUCCUGCUUUUCAACAUCAUGGACUGGCUGGGCCGGAGCCUGACCUCCUACUUCCUGUGGCCAGAUGAGGACAGCCGUCUGCUGCCCCUGCUGGUGUGCCUGCGCUUCCUGUUUGUGCCACUCUUCAUGCUGUGCCGAGUGCCGGGUCUCUUACAGCAGGACGCCUACUUCAUCACGUUCAUGCUCCUCUUCGCCAUUUCCAACGGCUACCUGGUGUCCCUCACCAUGUGCCUGGCCCCCAGGCAAGUCCUACCGCACGAGAGAGAAGUGGCCGGCGCCCUCAUGACCUUCUUCUUGGCCCUGGGACUGUCCUGCGGAGCUGCCCUCUCCUUCCUCCUCAAGGAAUUGAUCUAAGAGGCCCCUGGGGGCUCCCAGUAGCCCCCUCCACACGCCUGCUGGCGGCAGGAGGGGCAGGAGCUGUUCUCAGCCAUUCUCUGGUGGCUGAUGGGGUGCUGAGGAAGAAUCUAUGGGGAAGGGGAGGGGGAAUCAUUCUCCCCUCCCCCCAGAAGUGGGAUGGGACACAGAGAAAUGGGCUUCACCUAGAUAUACGAAAAGCCCAUUAGCCAGACGCCGGUGGCUCACACCUGUCAUCCUAGCUACCAAGGAGGCUGAG